AUGAUGAGUAUGACAAAAGACUAUUACGAGUUAGAUCCCGACGGAGAUGUCAUCCUCGUUUUUACCACGGCUGAUCCAGACACUGCGAAUCAAGCUCCCGGCCCCAACGCUGUCCCGAACGAGUCCACCAGACCGGCCCAGGUCACUGAUGGCUCGGUCGGAAGGUCCUCAACUUCAGUUGCUGGUACGAAAGUGCAGAAAUUUGAGCAGCUCGACAAUAGGAUGACUGACGCCCCGAAAGCUACCAGGGUGGUAAAAAUGAGAGUCUCGUCAAAACAUCUUUCCCUAGCCUCUCCGGUCUUCAAGAAGAUGUUGCAUGGGCCAUGGAAAGAAGCUCAGGGCCUUCGCCUCGGCUACGUGGAAAUAGAGAUGGAUGGGCAGAACAUGGACGCCAUGCUGUUAUUGAUGAAGGUUAUUCAUGGAUAUGGCCCCGAUAUUCCUCGCAAUGUGACCCUUGCGAUGGUGGUAAAGAUCUCCACUCUCGCGGACUAUUACAACUGCCACGAGGUUAUCCAUCUCGCAGUACAGUUGUGGAUUCGGCCUUUACAGGUUGGAGUGAUGAUGAACUGUGACGAACUCGCUCAGUGGAUUUGGAUCUCUUGGGUUUUCCAACUCACUAACUUAUUCCGCUAUGCAACAAAUUGCGCCGUUACGUAUAGCAAGGGUCCAAUAUCCACCAUCGGUUUGCCUAUCCCGCAGCCCGUUAUAGAUGCGAUCGAAAAGAGACGCGAACAAGGCAUCAAGACUACAUUGGACUCUCUUCGUCGUCUGGUCAGCGAGCUGCGAGAUGGUCGAGAAUCAUGCUCCUUUGAAUGCGACUCCUUCCGACUCGGCGCUCUCACUAAACAACUACACGAGAAGGGCUUCCUAGGGCCGGUAGAUGAAGGCACUAUCCCUAGUAUUAGUCUCUAUCAACUAAAUGACUUCCUUGUCGACAUAAAGAGCCCAGCAUGGCGCGAGGUUACUUCAAAACGCCGUCGCAAUCAUGAUCAGCACCCAGGGCAUCCUUGCACCUUACAGUCUCUGAUAAAGCCUAUCUUGAGCAACCUGACCUCGCACAUGAGAGGGUACGAAUAUGCAGAAUUCAAGGAGCUGCCAUAG